AGAAAAAAAACAGUGAAGCUGAAAUAAGUUAAUUCCAUUUCCCACUUUGUGUUUCACACGUACACAGCCCUUCUAAUGUUGGUGUUCCUGUUUCACCUGUAACACUGCAGAGGAACUCUGAUUCAUUUGCAUUUAUUUCUUGAACUGAAGCUGGAAUACACUACCUGUUGUUGACCAAUGACACAUACUGAUUUGACUGGUAAAUGUGAUGUGUGAAAGAUAUGUACAUUCAUAUGUUCCUUGAUGCAUUUCAAUACUACAUCAUCAGUUGGCACAACAGUUAAUCCAAAUUCAUCCCGUUACACGAAUUCAUUCUAUUAUGCUUUCAUAAAAAAAAUAAAAAAAAACACCUUCCUGUUGCAGAUAAAGAGAAGUAAUUUGAUAUCAACUUAGUAAUAAUAACUUCUCCUGUUCCCACGUUCAGGUCUGUACUCCUAUAAGGACGGUCACAUUAUAUCGUGACUUCAUUUACAGUGUAAAGGUGGAUGUCACCUACAACACGGAGGGGAUGAGAGCUCAUGUGUUUCCUGCUCCGCCUUCUUCUGCCUGAUUACGCAUUUUCUUGGUGUUUGUUGGUGAAAUGCAGUUUUGAGCAGGAAGGGAAAACUUGCCUUUGACAAAACCUCGCUGCAGACUUUUCAUGUUUGGGAGUAGAAUUGCUUUCCUGCAGAUUUCUUCAUCCUGAGAGGGCAUUUGGACAUUAUUGGAGUCUGCCAUGUCUUCUUAUACAGUGACUAUUGCCACAGGAAAUAUGUGGUUCGCAGGGACAGAUGACUAUAUCUACAUUACACUGGUGGGCACAGAGCAAUGCAGCGAGAGAACGCUGUUGGACAAACCUCUGUACAAUGACUUUGAGAGAGGGGCGGUGGACUCCUAUAACGUGAGAGUUGGGGAGGACCUGGGUGAGAUUGUGUUGGUGAAGAUCGAGAAGAAGAAGUACUGGAUGCACGAUGACUGGUACUGCAGGUACAUCACAGUCAAGACCCCAUCUGGAGACUAUGUGGAGUUCCCCUGCUUCCGCUGGCUGGUGGAUGACAAGGAAGUGGUGUUGCGAGAUGGACGAGCAUAUCUGCCUCAGGACGACAAGACCAGCGUGGUCAAACAGCACCGACAAAAAGAGCUGGAUUUGAGGAGAAAAACCUACAGAUGGAGGGAAUGGCAGCCAGGCUUUCCUAUGAGCAUAGAUGCUAACAGACACAAGGAUUUGCCACGGGACAUCCAGUUUGACAGUGAGAAAGGAGUGGACUUUGUCCUGAACUACAGUAAGGCAAUAGAGAACCUGUUUGUGAACCAGUUCAUGCACAUGUUCCAGUCUUCCUGGAAUGACUUUGCUGACUUUGAGAAGAUUUUUGUGAGAAUCAAAAACACAAUCUCAGAGUAUGUGAUGCAACACUGGAGGGAGGACUUCAUGUUUGGAUACCAAUUUCUAAAUGGCUGCAACCCCGUAAUGAUCCAAAAAUGCACCAAACUUCCUGACAAGUUUCCUGUCACUCAUGAGAUGGUUUCUGUCAGCCUGGAGAGGGAGCUGACUCUGGAGGAGGAAAUAGAGGCAGGGAACAUCUACAUAGUAGACUACGAUGUGCUGGAGGACAUCACUGCUAAUUGCACAGACCCUUGCACGCUGCAGUACCUGGCAGCUCCCAUUUGUCUGCUCUACAAGAACGCUCAGAACAAGAUCCUGCCCAUAGCCAUACAGCUUGGCCAGACUCCUGGUAAGAACACCCCGAUCUUCCUGCCCACUGAUGGUCAGUAUGACUGGAUGCUGGCUAAGAUCUGGGUGCGCUCGGCUGAUUUCCAGUACCACCAGACCAUCACACACCUGCUCAGGACACAUCUGAUGACAGAGGUGUUUGCGAUCGCCAUGUACAGGCAACUCCCUGCUGUUCACCCUGUGUAUAAGCUGCUUAUCCCACACAUUCGUUUUACCAUUGCCAUCAACACCAAGGCCAGAGAGCAGCUCAUCUGUGAGUGUGGCAUCUUUGACAAGGCAAAUGCAACAGGUGGAGGUGGUCACGUCCAGCUGGUGCAGAAGGCCAUGAAGUCUCUGACCUUCAGGUCUCUGUGCUUCCCUGACAUGAUCAAGUCCCAUGGCAUGGACAGCAAGGAGGAGCUGCCCACAUACUUCUACAGAGAUGAUGGCUACAGGGUAUGGGAGGCCACAAAGAGUUUCGUGUCUGAUGUGGUGCAUAUUUAUUACACCAGCGAGGAGAAGGUGCAGGGAGACGAUGAAAUUCAGGCCUUCAUUAAAGACGUGUGCAGCUUCGGGAUGCAAGACUUCGAUCACUGUGAGUUUCCCAAGUCUGUGAAAUCACGUGAGGAGCUGACAGAGUACCUGACCGUCAUUGUGUUCACUGCCUCGUCUCAGCAUGCAGCUGUCAACUUUGGACAGUAUGACUGGUGUUCCUGGAUCCCCAACGCUCCUUCUACCAUGCGGAGGCCCCCACCCACCCAGAAGGGUGUGACAGACGUGAACUUGAUCAUCGAGAGCCUCCCUGACCGCGGUCGCUCCAGCUGGCACCUGGGGGCCGUCUGGGCCCUCAGCCAGUACCAGGAGAACGAGCUGUACCUGGGCAUGUAUCCUGACGAGCACUUCAUAGAGAAGCCAGUGAAGACGGCCAUGGAGAAGUUCAGGAAGCAGCUGGCAGAGAUAACCCGCGCCAUCAAGAUUAGGAAUGAGGGAAAGAAGCUGCCAUACUACAACAUGUCCCCUGACAAAAUCCCCAACAGUGUUGCUGUUUGAGGAAUAAACGUCAUGAUCAUGUCUCCACUUAAUAUUUUACAUUGAGGUUCUGCUGGUGUUACUGAGCGGUCAAAACAUGCUGUUAGGAAACUCUUGUGUGUGUGAUUUUGAUAUGACUGUAGAUUUAAAUCCAUGUGUUGACCAAAAACCCAGUUUCCAAACCUCAGCUUUGUUUCUCAAUUGUUUUCUGUCAUUUAUUCGGGUGGAAAUUGGAUUAAAUUUUAUUCCAUGGAGGUGCCAAUUUAAAUGUGUUUUAUAGCUGUAUAGCUCCUUUGUCAGGAGUGUAAAGUAAAGGAGUGUCACCCACUGUGAAAAAUAAAAAGUUACAUUGCUAUACAUCUGAUCUUACUUAUGCAACAUUAACCUUUGACCUUCUUUUAUCUUUUGUAACAGUGUCACUGUCACUAAGAAAUCCUGUUACCUUUACAUUUAAAUUCAGAACACAUGAAAAAGACACAAACCAUUAAAAGUAACUUAAUUUUUA